CUUACCUGAGUUUCAAGAUGGCGGACAGAAAACAGAAUUUUUUCCUCUCUCCUCUUUUACUGUUUCUUCAAAUAUCUUUUAAAAUGGUGGUAUGUGUGGAGUCUCGUGGAGACGAGUUGGUUUUCACCUUAGAGCACUGUCUGACCGAAGGAACAAAUGCAGUUUUUAAGCCAAGGGGAACCAUUCAUGUCAAGAGUCUUAAGAGUUCCAGUGGAAUAUUUUCAGAGCAGGAAGCACUCUCAUUUGAAGAUGUGAACAACCUAAGGGAUUUAGCAUCAACUAAUGGUUACUAUAGAAUACGGUUACAGCCCAAGUCUGCAGAAAGCAGUGAUGAUUUAGAUAACAGUGUUACAACAUUUGUCAAAGCUUGUGCGCUGUUUACAUCAAGACUCACAGAGACUAUAACUCUGUCUCUUGACAAUGCUGGACACUUGUAUGGGGUUGGAUUAAUUGUCCCUGAUGGUGGCUGUGAAGCAAAGACACUCAACUUGGAUGGAAUGAGCCUGCCAUCUAGCUUUAACACAUCUGUUGUAGUCAUGCUCCAGGGAACAGGACAACUUCCUGAAACAGCGACCUACAUUCAGAAACUAGAGAAGGAAAAACGAGACAAAGCAGCAGGACAGACACAGGACAACAGAUCUUUUCUGGCAAAAUAUUGGAUGUACAUAGUACCUGUUGUUGUGUUAAUGAUGCUCACAUCCCAGCAACCAGAGCAACAAGGAGAGGGAGGCAGUCAAUAAACACACUUAAAGUGAACAGUUUACACCUAAAAGAACACUGAGCUCCAAUUCACAACUGUUUUGGUUGCCAUGGCUAGUGGAGAAAUUUAUUUUUUUUAUCAACUAAAUCUGAAGUGAUUGACAACAAACUGGCAACCUGUGUUGGGUAGUCAAGUAGCUAGCUCCAACAUUUUGUUAGUAUCCUUACUUUUUAAGGUUUAAAGUUGAAGUGAAAUGUUAUUAAAUUCUCUGUCCUUUUCUUUUCAUGAUAACAACUUGGUUUUCUGAUUGUUAGGCCUUAAGAUAUAACACAAACCCCAAUAAAAAUGAUUGCUAGCUAUAUUGCUUACUUCUAAGACAAGCAAAGUGGUCAGUGGUGCAGCACAUCAUGUGGGAUUGAAAGAAC